CCGCGCCCCCUAGCGGCGGAGCAGGCGGCCGCGGAGCGUCAGAGCGCCGGUGCCCGUCCCCACAGUCGGAGUCAAAGUUGUCUCCGCUCGGAAAAGCGGUGAGUCGGGGUCUCGCUAGUUCGCAACCGCCGCUGCUUUUCACACGCACGCUUCCUCGCGGACGAGAUGAGGCGGAAAGAGAAGAGGCUGCUGCAGUUCGCUGGGCUGCUCAUAGCGGCUCUUCUUUUCCUCCCCAACGUCGGACUGUGGUCUUUGUACCGGGACCGAGUGUUCGACAACUCGCCCGACGCGCUGGACGGUCCGGGCGGCAUCCUCCAGAUACAGGUGGUGAACCGUAUGGGAAAGAAGCUCAGGUGGGACGUGAUGGCGUGCGAAGAAAAGACUGGCACGACUAUGAAGCAAUCAAAAAAGACGCCUCUCGCUCCGGUAACGGUGAGCAGGGGAAGGCGUUUCCCCUGACGGAUGCAGAUCGGGUGGACCAGGCCUACAGGGAGAACGGCUUCAACAUUUACGUCAGCGAUCGCAUCUCCCUGAACCGCUCCAUCCCGGACAUACGCCAUCCAAACUGUAAACAGAAGCUGUACGCAGAGAAGCUGCCCAACACCAGCAUCAUCAUCCCGUUCCAUAAUGAGGGCUGGUCGUCGCUGCUGAGGACCGUUCACAGCGUCCUCAACCGCUCUCCUCCACAACUCAUCGCCGAGGUCAUCCUGGUCGACGACUUCAGCGACAAAGAACACCUCAAGGUGGCGCUGGAGGAGUACAUGGUGCGGCUGCCGAAGGUUCGCAUCCUGAGGACCAAGAAGAGGGAAGGCCUGAUCAGGACCCGUCUGCUCGGAGCUGCCGCCGCUAAGGGGGAAGUCAUCACUUUCCUGGACUCCCACUGUGAAGCCAACGUCAACUGGCUGCCUCCGUUGCUGGACCGAAUCGCCCAGAACAGGAAGACCAUCGUGUGUCCGAUGAUCGACGUCAUCGACCACGACAACUUCGGCUACGAGACGCAGGCGGGCGACGCCAUGCGAGGGGCGUUCGACUGGGAGAUGUACUACAAACGGAUCCCCAUCCCGUCAGAGCUGCAGAAGGACGACCCCAGCGAGCCCUUUGAGUCCCCAGUGAUGGCAGGUGGACUGUUUGCCGUGGAGAGGAAGUGGUUCUGGGAGCUGGGAGGAUACGACACGGGUCUGGAGAUUUGGGGAGGAGAACAGUACGAGAUCUCCUUCAAGGUGUGGAUGUGUGGUGGUCGGAUGGAGGACAUUCCUUGCUCCAGGGUGGGACACAUCUACAGGAAGUAUGUCCCCUACAAAGUUCCUGGGGGUGUCAGCCUGGCCAGGAACCUGAAGCGCGUGGCCGAGGUUUGGAUGGACGAGUACGCCGAGUAUAUAUACCAGCGCCGGCCCGAGUACCGCCACCUGUCAGCGGGAGACAUGGCGCCGCAGAAGGAGCUGAGGAACCGACUCAACUGCAAGAACUUCAAGUGGUUCAUGAGCGAGGUGGCCUGGGAUCUGCCCAAACACUACCCGCCGGUGGAGCCUCCUGCUGCUGCAUGGGGAGAGAUCCGUAACGCUGGCAGCGGCAUGUGCAUGGAGAGCAAACACUUUGUGUCGGGGAGUCCCAUCCGUCUGGAGAACUGUGUGAAGGGACGGGCCGAGGUGAGCUGGAGCCACGGACAGGUGUUCACAUUCGGAUGGAGGGAGGACAUCCGAGUGGGGGACCCCAUGCACACUAAAAAAGUUUGCUUCGACGCCAUCUCCCACAACAGCCCCGUCACGCUGUACGACUGCCACGGCAUGAAGGGCAACCAGCUGUGGCGCUACAGAAAGGAUAAGAGUCUGUAUCACCCCGUCAGCAACAGCUGCAUCGACAGCAACCCCAGCGAGCGGAGGAUCUUCAUGAACACGUGUGACUCCUCCUCCCUCAGCCAGCAGUGGGUGUUUGAGAGGACCAACGCCACCGUGCUGGAGCACUUUAACCAGGGCGCCAACUGAGGCCCUGCAGCAUCCGAGAGGGAAAGACUCACGAAAAAGGGUGGAGCUGCUGCAGAUGUGGGCGUUUCCUUGUUUACCUGGCGCUGAGGUGACGGCUGUUUCUCUUUGGGGUGCUUUGAAGGAAGUGACCACCGUGCGGAAAGGUGGUUUAAACACGUCGGACUGAGCUGAGCUCUGACUGACGGGUUUGUGUUUAAAAGUGACUUUGUGUGAGAUGUAUUCGUUCUGUCACAGUGGUGCCGUGGCAACGGGUCCGUCUCGACUCCUGAUUUUCUUUGUGAUUGAUAAUCCCGACGUUCCUCUUCAUUUCUUCUGUUUAUUUAGGCCUUCCCCCGCCUUUAUCUGUUGCCUUUCAUUUCCUCUUGCGUUUUUUUGUCUGUUUUCUCCCUCUGUCUAUGUGUCUUUUAUUCUCAAACUCCACCUCUGCCUUCGGUCUCUCCCGGUCAGCCUCUGCCAUCAUGUCCAUCUCUAUCUGCCUGCUUGACUGCACCUUUGCUCACCUCUUCCGUUCUCCCUCUCAAAUCCCCUUAUGUCUCUGCAGCUCUGACAACCUCCCUUGGGGUUGUGCAAAGAGGGGAGGGGGGACGGGGGGGGGGCUUGGCUCCCGCUGAGCCAAAGUCAUCUUGACACCUGGGUGAAGCCAGGCAGAACCACUCUGAAAAUCACCUGGCGAAUUGAUUCUCCUUUACAAUGCUCAUCCACCCUUUGUUCUCCCGCUCAUCCCCCCCUCUCGCAUCCCUCCCCCUCCCCCUCUUGGCUGGUAGCUUCUCCCAGAGCCGCUUCGAACGUAGACAGCGGAGCGUAGAGAGGCCGCCACCUUUUUGCACGCGACUAGCUCUUUAUCCUCGUCUUUCCUCGCUGUAUUUAUCGAUGAGUCCUUCGCAGAUUUGUCACUGUGCCACGUUCUUCUUCUACUCCUCAAAGGCGAGCGCUGCCUAAAAGCCAGAGUCCGUGCCUGCCGACUCCUGCUGAGUAAUGGCCCAGUCAGACCGGAUUUGGCUUCCAGGUGUGAGCAAACUGACCUCAGCAAUCACGACUCCGACCCGCAAAUUGACAGGACUCAAAAAAAAAAGUCCAGGGAAUGGCCCCGUAGUGUCUGUUCCCGCCCCAUACGUUAUUCCCCCUGCUUUUCGCCGCAGUACGCGUUUCCCAGGCAGGACUCCGCUCUGACUGCGCCGCGUGACCUUGUUUGCCGUCACGCUGGUGAUGUUUGGCCCCCGGCUCUCUCUGCUGCCUCCGGGCCAGUCACCGGAACGACCUCGUCACAGACGGAGCGAGCGUAGAGGGUCACGUCGCGGGGAAGCGCCGCGAACGGACGCCCGCCUGGCUCGCUGCACGAGUGGCGGCGUGACUGGCAGCAGGGCCGCGCGAUUGGCCGAGCGGACGCGUUGCCCCGGUGACCGGUUCGAGCAGGAGGAGAGACGAUUUACUCUGGAUAGGCUCGCCAAGGUAGCUCCAGGACUGAGACGAACGUGAGGGUUUCAAAUGCAUAAAGCACUUAUGGAAUGAUAAACUUGAAUGAAAACUUAGUGCCUUGUUGGAAGAGGAUUAGAUGCAGUAGGAGUGUGUAUUUGUAGAAAGUGUGUGUGUGCGUGCGUGUGUGUGUUUGUGUGUGGGGUGCAAAAAAAGAAAACGUCCAGAGCAACGUAGGGAACAGUUCAAUCAAACCAGGAAGUGGCUUCUUUUGAGAGUCAUUGAGAAGACUUCUCCCGAGUCUCUCGGAAUCAAACGUGAACUGGCCUCCGGUGCAGGACCCUGAACGCACCGCCGGCUUUGUGAUUCUUUGCGAACACGCAUCUAACUGCUGGCUGUGAAUAGAGCUAAAGAGACUUGUCUUUCUUUUCCACCAUAGAAGCCCUACGAAGACCUUUGUUGUAUUUUAAUCACGACAUGAUGCUGUGUUGACUUUUGUUCCUCACCCGUUCGAUCCAAAGUACUUCAAUGAGAAAGGAAACUACUGUUGUCGUUGUUUUUACCUUCCAUUUUAAUGAAUCCCCCCCUUUUUUUAUUAUUAUUAUUAAAUGCUCUUUGGUCUUUUGGUUUAAUUCUGUGGUUCAGCUGAUGGUGACUUCCUUUGAGUCCCUGUCUGACAUGACUUUGUGGGAUGUUCUGGUCUGUCGCCUGCACCCGUUCUCUCUAAUCCGACUCCGUGAAGCGGCAGCAACGUGGAGCGUGUGCCACUUUAAUUCCCACGAGCACCAGGUAAAAAAAAAAAAAAACAACACUGAGCGACAGUUCGGCUGCAAAACACAGACGUUUGGAUUCGAUUUCUUGCUCACAAACAAACAUAAUGACAAAUUGUUUCAUUGCAAACCAAAGUGAUAACGAAUAAAAUGUUGCGCAUUUAGUCCAGUUUUAAAACACCUUUUCCACCCUGAACAACGAAGGCACUGGUUUUUAUAUAUUUUGGCGUCGGGCUACACACCUGGAUGUCAGACGUCAGAUGACUCAGAGCUGCUUCAGCCCACACAGUCACCAGAUUUCCACGAGACGACCUAACGGGACCAAGCUGAACCCUUUGAACCCUCAUCAGCCGUUUCCUGCAGCCCUUCUUUUCUUUUCCCUUCUAAUCUAAUCAUGCAUAUCGCUAAUAGGUGAAGUCCUGUUUGGAUCAGUGGUGUAAUCGGGGGCCGAUCAUGUGACAGACUAUUUAACGCCAUUUAACACUGUAUUUGGUUUGCAGUGGGGGUCGAUACACAAGGCAGCGUUUUGGGUUGAAAUGAGACGAUGGUUCUAAGUGCAGAGAGUUAUUAAGUGUUACCUGGUGCACCUGUCAGUGUUUCCUCCCGUCCCAUCCUGCAGAACAGCUUCGUAGCAUCUGGUGCGUCCUGAGUCUGUCGAGACCAACUACCACCUAAAUGUUUGACGAAAAGCAAUCAUAAUAAGUGCUCUGUUUCCUCACCUCCUCUACUUCUGUCUUAGUUCGUCCCACCUGGAAUGCAAAAAGAGGAGGCAUGAAGGAGAGCGUUUAACAUAAAUACGUCUUUCAAAGCGACACAGACGUGUAGCCGCAUCAUCGUCUGUUGCUCUGUUCUAGCGUUUUAUUACGCGCUGUAAUUACUUUUAAUCAAGUUGACAACGCUGUAAAAUAUUCUAGGGGCCCCUUUUAGAUGCCACAGGCGCAAUUAAAAAUAAAUUAAAAAAGAAAUCUGCACUCCCUUCACCUAUCAACGGGCGUUUUAUGGGCUUUGAAAGACUACUCGCUGAGAUCAUUCACAGGUUACAGCCGGGAGGAGAGAGCUCUUUGUUUUUUCACCAGACAAGCCUCCAUACAGCCGCUGACGAGGACAGAGGAGCGUUUAGGAGCUAAAGAGGGAGAACUGUGCGCAAACAACAGCAGACAAAACAUAAUCUUGUUUCCUCUCAGCUGGAUGUUUCAACAGGUGUUUUUUUUUUUUACCGCCAACGUGUCAGGUAGCAUAAAUAUAAAAGGCGGUUUGGUGGUUGAAAGGUUCAUAGUUCCCAAAAACAUUUAUUCAUGCAGCAUUAUUAGAACUAUUUAGUUCAUUGGGGAAAACUGAGUUACUACAAAGUAUAAUAAGUUGACUUUAAUUUAAAAAAAGUGCAAACUCAUUGUCUUAAUUGUGACGUAGUUAAGGUAACUUAACUAAUAGUCACUUGUUUAUCUUGAUCAUGCUGCACUCACAUAAACUUAAAUACAUUAGAUAACAGUAAAUUAUAUAUUAAGAGCGUUCGUUAUCAAAUCAAUGGAGUUCUGAUGACGAUUUCUUCGAAAGUAAAUUUAACAUAAUAUUCAUAAGCUGAGAAAGUGUUAAGUUUUACUCGUCCAUCAUAUUAAGGUCAACUUAACGUAAUCUUCUUGACGCUGACACAUCCCGUUUAACAGCAUUGACCCCAAACACACAAUGAAUGAAGAGCACUCAAUAGAUUAAAGGCAGGGUACGUCAUUUUUUCCCCCAUAAUAGUCUGUCAGCAUAUUGUAAUUGAAGUAUUAUGAGAAAACACUUGAUUUCUGUGCCUCCUCCUGGCUGCGUUUAAAGGCUUUAUAAGAAUCAUCCCAUAUGGAAGUUUUCUACCAAUCACAUAAUUUUACAGAGUAUCUCUAUUUUGAGUGUCCCUAUUGGUUAGUGUUGCGCUUUCACGUCCCAUUGCUAGCGAGUAACUACCAUAAAUUCAGUUUGUUGACGAUAGAAAGGCAAAGCACUUUACCUGGGACUCAGCCGAGGUGUAUAACUGAAUAAUUGCUCCACUGACAUGCACGUUCACGGGGAGGAGGAGGAAGCAGAACUGCGGUGCAUAAAAAAAAAACCUUUAACUCGAUUUAAAUGCUGAAUAAUGCAUUUAACAGGAGACACAAUGGGAGUCUCUGCUGCAUAUUUUGAAUGAAACCUUAGCUCAAACAAUUGAACUAUAAAACCGCAUACUUGAGAAACAUUAACUGACCUACACCUAUAAGCAGUUUUAGAGGGAUGGUUUUGUUUCCCAGUCCAAGUAUGACUGACUGAAUGAAUCUGAAUGUGUUUUCCAUGCAUUUUGGGUAAUGCAAGCGAAGAGCAUACAUAAGAGGUCUCUAACAUGGUCUAGUGCGACGGCAGUGGAGAUGGGUCUCGACGUUGGCUUUUGGACACGGUGAUAAAGAACUGUUCUGUGCGACCGGGUCCAGGGGAUUAGGAGAAAACUAGAUAAUCCUGAUUUUUAUGAACCUCUGUGCCAUUAUGCACAGUCUCUCUGCCGAGCAGCCAUUUACACAAGAACAGAAAAAUCAAUCAGCUUUCACCGAAGAGAUGUAAUAGAAAUCUCUUAAUGGAGACAUUCCCAAGAUGCUGCUGCCUGUAUCCGUUGAAUCAACAUUUAUUAAACUGAAGCUUUUUUUUUUUGUUUUUAUCAGUACAUUAUACCUUUUUAAUUACAUGUAAAUUCUGUUUAUUACAGUCAAUUGUGCAGACAGUUUACAUUUAUUUAAUUACAGCUUUCAUCCAUAAUGGUAAAAUAUUAAAAGGUUUGAUUUAUUUUUUUUUUUCCCCCACCAUCGUUUCUUUUGUUAAAUAAAUCAAAUUAAAUUUUUAAGUGGUGUUUACCCCCCCAACCCCCAUCACAUUCCCAUGAUGUUAUGGUCGGUUACUAAAAGUUGCAGAGCAAUGUCAAAGAAUCUUAUUUUAUAAGAGCAACAGGUUUUUAACGUCUCCGGCCAGCAUCGGCCCAUCACACGAUGUCAUGUACCUGUGUGAAUUUUGAUGUGUAGGGAAGUGUACAUUUUCUAUCUAAAAAAAAAAAUAACAAUAAUAAUAAAAAAAGAAGAAAAAUAUCCAAUAUUUUUUUCUACUGACAUUGCAGCUGUAAAGGUGUAUUUAGGUAUUUAACAAACUGUACAAUUAAACUGGAAUUGUAUGAUAUUUUUGCUGAGAAUUGUAAAAUAAAAAGGAUUCUAUAUUUGGAUGAAAA